AUGGACCUUAUGAACCAAGUAUGUAAGGAUUACUUGGAUAAGUUUGUGGUGGUAUUUAUUGACGACAUACUAAUCUACUCAAAGACAGAAGCCGAACAUGAAGGGCACCUACGACUGACGUUAGAAAUGCUCAAGAAACACCAAUUAUAUGCCAAGUUUAAGAAAUGCAAAGUCUGGCUAGAAAAUGUGGUAUUUUUAAGACACAUCGUAUCCAAAAAUGGCAUAGAAUUAGACCCAACCAAGAUAGAAGUUGUGAAAGACUGGCCCAAGCCUAAGAGCUCCACCGAAGUAAGAAGUUUUCUAGGCUUUGCAGGAUACUAUAGACAAUUUGUUGAAGGGUUCUCCAAAAUAACCAUGCCCUUAAAAAAUUUGACAAGGAAGCAACGAAAAUUUGUAUGGAUGGAGAAGUGCGAAGAAAGCUUCCAAAUGCUAAAGAACAAGCUCAUAACAGCUCCAGUUCUAUGCAUCCAAAAUGACAAGGGCAAGUAUUAG